AUGGCGGCGGCUUACGCGUCAGGUCGAAUUACGGCCACCGAGGCUGUCAUUGCAGCAUACUAUCGUGGUCAGGCGGUGGCCAGGAACAAGCAAAGAGGUGCGAUGCUAGCUGUCGGUCUGGGUUCAGAGCGAGUACUCGAACACAUUCGUGGCCAAGGAAAUAGUAUUCAAAUUGCCGCUAUCAACUCGCCUGGCAGUGUUACUCUGUCCGGCGAGUUAGAAGCCGUCCAAGAGGUGUCCACGACCUUGGACAAAGCGCAUAUCUUCAACAGACUAUUGCGAACGGGUGGUAACGCCUACCACUCUCGCCACAUGGCCGCGCUGGGCCACGAUUACGACGAAAUGCUGUCCAGUGGCCUCGAACAUGUCAAAGCCCUCUCCUUGAUUGACAAACGCCAGCGAUAUCGUCACAUCCCGUGGUUUUCGUCCGUGACACCCUACACGAGCAUGACCGAGUUAGACGUCGCAACAGCAUCAUACUGGAGGGCGAACCUCGAGUCUCCAGUCAGAUUCUCCGAUGCCAUCACAAACCUGGUUGGGUGCGAGAUCGAUGUCCUCGUCGAGAUUGGGCCGCACCCCGCCUUGAAGUGCCCCAUAGAGCAAAUUCUGCAAAGCAUGGGAAAGUCUAUCAUCUACACAUCGUCAUUGAGAAGGAAAGAAAACGCCCAAGAAUCCAUGCUACGGCUAGCUGGAACAUUGUUUGGUAUUAACACCGGCAUCGAUCUUGGCGAAGUGAACUCGGUCGACGACACCCAAAAACCUGGACCGGGACUCGUUCAUGGUUGUAUGACAAGUGAUCUUCCACCAUAUCAGUUCACAUAUGGGCCGGUGAACUACCACGAGGGUCGGGCAAGCCUGGAAUAUCGACAUCGAGAUGUCCUCAGACAUGAUCUCCUUGGGUCAAAGGUUGUAGGCAAUGCAAGACUUAGACCUCAAUGGCGAAACAUUCUCCGUGUGAAAGACCUGGCUUGGCUAGCGGAGCACCGUCUAAUACCAGAUGCCGUAUUCCCCGCUGCUGGAUUCAUGACCAUGGCCGUUGAAGCUGCCGUGCGGAUUCAUAACGAGUUCGCAAAACCGCCAAAAGCCAGGGGCUACUCGCUCCGUAACGUCGCUAUCAAAAACGCGUUACGUAUCCCAGAAGACGACUACGGUGUCGAAAUUCUACUCAGCAUGGACAUACUGGACACGACAACCGCCGCUGCGCCCGCAUGGGCCAGCUUUUCCAUCAGCUCGGUCACUCGAGACCUGAAGGAAUGGACUGAGCACUGCACUGGCCAAGUCAAGGUGGAAGUUCUUGACCCUCCGAGACCCAAGAAGCUAAGCUCCACCAUGGAUUCAAGGACUGCGGAUGCCCGAUCCUGGUAUAAGAAAUUCGCGGCCAUCGGCCUAGGCUACGGCCCAACGUUCCAGCCGCUCUCGAAUAUCCGUGCGGAUCCAGAUCUAAAUCUGGCCACAGCUAAGCUGGCGUUGAAGACAACAUCGGGCUCCAUCAGGGGAGGGGAAUCGAUCUAUCCGAUCCAUCCCACUUCCUUGGACGCCACCUUCCAACUCGGACUCAUUGCCUGCCAUGGAGGCCAAGUCAAGAAGGCCAGCACUGCAUUCGUACCUGUACACCUAUCCCACUUAUAUCUUCGCAGCGGCAUGGAUGAGGAUUGGGGUACGGUAGUGGCCCACGGCGCGCUCCAGGGCCUUCGUGGUGCAUAUGUCGAAUUGCAGAUGUUGAAUACGCAUGGAGAUGUGGUCCUCGAUAUAGGUUCACUUCGGUGCAUCAGCUACAGUGAUUCCAAGUCGUUCGAGAGCAUUACAUCCAAUACUGUCAGAAGCCCAUUCACGAGACUGGUCUGGAAGCCCGACAUCCGCACAAUGACUCCUCAACAGUGUCGUGCGCUGUUUCCUCCACCCAAAGAGAAUGUUGACCGCAGCUCUCUCUUCACCAGCAUGAACCGGAUAGCAUCCAUGAUUGUGGUCGACAUAUAUGAGACCUUUGCUCGAAGUCCAGAUGGACCAAAGCCGUCGGGAAGCAUCGGGCAUUUCUUGUCCUGGAUCACGAAAAUGUUCGAACAUGAGCAGACCGAAGCAAUGAUCGAGGCCAGAGAGCUUCCCAGUAAGGAGCGUAUCCAGAUGAUCGAGCACCUCUACAGUCAGAUCGGUAACGUAGUUGAUAUCAGGAUCGCUAAGCUCUUACACGAGAACAUGGAAGAUAUUCUCAGCGAACACAGGACGUCUGUAGACGUCAUGGUCCAAGAAGAUCUUCUGACGGCCCUGUAUCAGAGCGGUCUCUUCAUGACGAGUGCCUACCUCCAACUUUCCAGGCUCUUGGACAGCCUUGGUCACGCCAAUCCUGACCUCAGCAUCCUCGAACUCGGAGCCGGGACAGGUGGCGCAACCCGCGUGGCCAUGGAGGCUCUCAAAAGCUCCAGCAACGGCAUUAAACGCUACCGCGAUUACACGUUCACCGAUAUUUCUCCAGGGUUCCUGACGUCGGCACGAGAGAAGAUGUCUGAGUACCAAGAUGUCACUUUCUCUGUGCUGGACAUUGAGCAGGACCCAAUGGAGCAAGGCUAUGAAGCUUCUUAUGACCUAAUAAUCGCGUCGCAGAUACUCCAUGCGACUGCUAGCAUUGCAAGAACCCUGGCUCAUGUCAGGAAACUUCUGAGACCGGGAGGAAAGCUCGUGUUGGUUGAAAACACCCAGAACAACAUCCUGGCCGGCCUCAUACUGGGUACUCUGACGGGAUACUGGCACGGCAUCCCGGAUGGUCGUGUAGAAAGUCCUUUCUUGAGCCUAGAGUCUUGGGAUGAAGCCUUGAAGGAUGCCGGCUUUUCGGGGGCGGAAUUGGUUUUCGACGACUACCCGCGUCCAAACAAUACUACAACCACUCUGAUGUCUACGUCUCUGGACCAAGAGCCUGCGGGAGAGAAGCCUUCGAUCCAGAGAAAGGAAAUCAUCGAAGUAAAGGAAAUCAUCGAAGUCCAGCUGCUUUAUGGCGCCCGAGGUCCUCCUUUGCUUCUGCACCAGCUUUCCAAGGAGCUUAAACAGCGUGGAACGGAAACCAAGAUGAUACCUCUCCAAGAGGCGUUGGGGACUGUCUCACCCACCUCAUGUGUGGUGUCUUUUCUUGGAGGGAGAGAUCUGAUGUUGGAUGUUGAUGAACACGGCCUCGGGGCGUUCCAAUAUCUCGCCAGGACAGCCAAGAGCAUGACCUGUGUCACUUCGUGCGGCAUAGUGCAAGGACGCAAUCCUGACGGCUCCUUCAUUCCCGGUCUUCUGCGUACCAUCGGAGCAGAGAACCCUGCUGGAAGUUUCCUAUCAAUCGACGUCGAUAUCGACAACUUCGACACAGAUGACGCGGACCUUGCUCGGUGCAUUGCAGAUAAGGAGAUCGAUCUACAAAAUGAGACUUUUGGGGAGAGGAGGGAUCAUGAGUUCGUUUGGCAAGGCGGCUGUAUGUGGGUGAGCAGGUUCGUGCCAGAUGCGGGGCUGCAAGAGUACUCAGAGAUCGUGAAGACCCCCAAAAGUCUAGGGACUGAGAUGCUACCUAUUGCUAGCCUGGAAGGCCCUGUGCGCGCGGCCUUCGAGACAGCCGGGAUACUUAGUUCGAUCUACUUUCAGCCAUACAGGGAACUCUGGCAGCCUCUUCCUCACGGCUGGAUUGACGUCAAGGUUGCGGCUGUUGGGCUGAACUGGAAGGACCUAGGCCUCUGUUCCGGUCGUUUCGAUGCUAACAACCUCUCGUCCGAAUACGCCGGCGUCGUCACCCAAACGGGGUCGGGCGUUGUUGGUCUUUCAGCUGGUGACCGUGUUUACGGCAUGGGAAGAGGCCACUUCGGCAACUACACCCGCGUGCUGGCUAUAUUCGCGCACAAGCUCCAGCCCCAAGAUGACAUCGUGGAGGUUGCCACUAUGCCGUUGGUAUACAUGACAGCCAUCUACGCGUUUGACUAUGUCACACGGCUUAGGAAAGGGCAGACCGUCUUGAUACAAUCCGCCACUGGAGGGCUGGGGCUUGCCGCUAUUCGGCUAGCACAAUCGAAAGGAGCCGAUGUAUUCGCUGCUGUCGGAACUACGGACAAGGCUCGGUUCCUUAUCGACGAGAUGAAUAUCCCGGCGACUCGGGUCUUCUCCUCGAGAGACCAAGAAGCACUAUCCCAUGCCGCGAGGGUCACAAGCGAAGGGGGCUUCGAUGUGAUCCUCAGUACUGCCAGAGGCGACAUGUUGUAUGCUUCCCUGGAUGCUGUCGCGCCAUUGGGCCACCUGAUUGACGUAGGGCGGAUGGACGUACAAGAGGCCAAGGCCAUCGGCAUGGAGCUUUUUCAGAAGAGCGCGAGUUUCUCCUCUUUCGAUCUCUCGCUUGUCCUCGACAGCGACCCAGAACUUGGAGGGCAGUUGAUCAAGGCAGUGGACCAGUACUACCGUGAUGGGCUUAUCGGGCCAAUUCAACCCUUCAUCACCAGUGACAUCUCACAGCUGGAUCACACACUGCUGAACUUCUCCAAGGGCACACACAUCGGAAAGCUAGUCGUGACGUAUCAGGAUCCCCAGAGCCUCGUCAAGGUAGUUCGAGAGCCUCCGGCCGCCCGCUUUGACCCGCAAGCAGUCUAUAUUGUUACCGGGGGUCUUGGGGGACUUGGACGGUCUAUAACCCGUUGGAUGUCUGAUCGUGGCGCCCGUAAAAUGGUAGUAUUAUCCAGGAGAGGUGUCAAUAGCCGCGAGGCCCAGGCACUGAUCGACACGCUUGCAGCCCGUGGCACCUGUAUCAAAGCAGUUGCCUGCGACGUUAGCAACCGAGAACAGCUGUUGAGUGUCGUCAAGGAGGUGACUUCUGAUGGCCCACUCAAGGGCGUUGUCCAUGCAGCGGUCUCCUAUCAGGAUAUUUCCUUCGACAAACUGACGGUGCAAAGAUGGCAGCAAAGCAUAGCCGCCAAGUUGAACGGGACCAAGAACCUCCACGAGGCCACGAUAUCGAUGCCAUUAGACUUCUUUGUCAUGACCACGUCCCUGGAAUCGGUUUUCGCCCUUGCAACGCGAAGCUUAUACACCGCAGCUAACAACUUCCAGGACUCAUUCGCGCGCUAUCGUCGGCGUCUUGGAUUACCUGCGUCGACUGCUUCAUUCGGCCUUGUUAACGACGUCGGGUCUCCAAGUGUCGACUCAAUCACGGUCGAUAUGUUUGCGCGGAAUAAAACCUUGACAAUCUCAGAACUGGAGUUCCUAGCACUACUCGAGCCUGCCUUCCUGGACACUCAACACCGGGCGGAAGGCCCGCAGACUCGGUGGAUGGGACUCGACCAGGACCCGCUGUCUGCUGCCAACAUCAUCACCUAUCUGGACCCAGCGGCGCUGGCGGCCAAGAAGCACGAAGAGGACGAGGCAGGCAUCGUAUCGACAUCUGUGCCCAGGUGGUACAGCGACGGACGGGUAUCGCUGAUCAUGCGAGCCUUCGACGAUGCGCAACGGCACUCUGGCGAGUCCAACGCGACCCAAGACGCCGCAGACCGAGGAGGCAAGUCGGCGCUUGCCCGCCCGCGCCACGAAUUUGACGCUGCUGUCAAGGCCGGCCCAGAGGAGCGCACGAAGACGGUAGAACUCGCUACCGGAGCCAUCACGGCGGCCGUCGCGGAAAUGCUGUUUGUCGACCUAUCGGGAGUGAACCCUUCGAAGACCGUGACCGACCAUGGCGUCGAUAGUUUGAUUGCGGCCGAGCUGCGCAACUGGUUCUUGCAGGCCUUGGGGGCUAAUAUUAGUAUGCUGGACUUACUGGACGCUCAUGUGAGUAUCAGUGACCUUGCUGAGAAUAUCGUGGAUGAAGCGCUUGCGAGAGAGAAUUGA